AUGUGUAAAAAAAUACCGUCUCAAGCCCACAAUCCCAUUCUCUCCGGCAUUGACAUGGCCUCUUUCCCGAUGGAGGCCGUGUCCAUUGACCUGUUUGAAGUGGAGGGGAAACACUUUGUGGUGAUGGUGGAUCGCUUUAGUGGCUUCCCUUUCAUAUCGAGGAUGAAAACCACCACAACCGAUGCCAUAUGGAUGAGGUUGCGGGAUUGGUUCAACGACUUUGGAUUUCCACGUCGGUUGAAAUCAGAUGGGGGUCCCCAGUUUCGGGAUCGAUUUGCCCAAGCGUGCUCCAGCCUCGGCAUCAUCUUUGAGACCAGCUCGCCCUACAAUCCUUGUAGUAACGGUUUGGCGGAGGCAGCCGUCAAAUCCAUGAAGUCAUUGCUUCAAAAACAUGUAGGCAUUGAUGGCAAUGAAUUUCGUGCGGCACUCUUGGAAUGGCGAGCCACCCCACGUCCUGACGGCUACAAGCCCGCUCUGGGAUAUUUCGGCCGCCAUUUACGGACCCGCCUUCCCACGGCUAGGUCGCUAGAUUUUCAAUUGGAGCAAACCACGGCCUUCAGGGCAGCCCGACAAACCAUAGAUAAGCGGCAUGUGCGUGAGGCUGCGGGGACUGCCCUGCCCGGACUGAACGUGGGUGACCAGGUUCAUAUCCAACACCCAAUAGACAAAGAAUGUUCGUUUGGUACCGGGAAGGUCAUUGAAAGAUCAAAGUCUGGCCGUUCCUACACAGUCCAAACGGAGGCAGGACGCUUUGUACGGAACCGACGAGAUCUUCGGCCAGCUCCUUCAGCUACUCAAACUCCUCCAACAGCUCUGAUGGCUCCGACAUCGGAUGUUCAAUCCCCAAUCCGAACAUCACGGCUAACCCAGGUGGACCCUCUCGAUCCUCCUCCUCCUCUGCUCUGA